GACCCGGAAACAAACUCAGUCGUUCUUAUGUGUCGGGAUGGAAAUGUUAAUUAUUUCAAUCCGUACCUUCUUGUCUUUUGCAGGCACAAUCAUGACAUUAAAUGUAUAUUGUCGGGCAAAGGUGCAAAGGCCGCUAUGUUCUACAUUUCUGAUUAUAUUAUGAAGAUGGACUUGAAGACGUAUGAGGUGUUAUCACUGCUCUCCCGCGCUGUU